AAGUAUAAACCGCUGGUGCCGUCGUAUAAGAUUCUUAAAAAAUAUCUUGAAACCCAAGCAAAAGAUUCUUUACGCUUUUGGUUCCGCAAAAGGUUCACGUCCCGUCUUCACUGCAGACCUAAACAUGGGGGGAAUCUUAUCGGGCCUGUUGGGCGGAGAUGCGGCGGCGGCCGCUGAAUCAACCACCGAUGAGUCAUCGCGCGUCAUCGCCUUCCACUCGUCGCAGCGCUGGCAGCUUCACUUCAACUCCUCCAAGCAAUUAAAUAAACUGAUGGUGGUGGAUUUUUCGGCUACGUGGUGUGGUCCUUGCAAGUUUAUGGAGCCGGUCUUCAACAACUUGUCCGCCAAAUAUUCUGAUGUUGACUUUGUCAAAAUUGAUGUCGAUGAGCUCUCCGAUGUAUCGCGUGAGUUUGGAGUGCAGGCAAUGCCAACAUUCCUGUUGCUAAAGCAAGGGAAGGAAGUGGAGAGGGUGGUUGGAGCCAAGAAAGAUGAGCUUGAGCAGAAAAUCCUCAAGCACAGGGAAGCUCCUAAAUUUGCCGCCUAAUUGCCUGAAAAUAUUAUUAUUCUCUUGUAAUCUGAACUAUGCACCAAGAUGAAAAACAACUUCAGCUUGCUGUUCUCUCUGAUAAAUUCAAGCAAUGUGUUAUAUAAUUUUACAGUGAUGAUGGUGAUUAAUGAUGAUAUUGAAUGAGUUGAUACUAAUA